AUGAAGCUUCUCCGUUGCGGUUCGAUUUGGGUCUGGCCUGUUUUGGCUACGGUAGUGACGGCGAUGCCAAGUAAGUCUGUCCUGUAUGCAUGUCGGCUAGAUCACGGGGCUUGUUGAUUGUGGUGCAUAUUAUGGGCUAAUUGAAAUAACAGAAACUAAAUCCUUCUGCCAAGAAAAUUACAUAAUUUAGUGGUAGCCUCCUCUUUUGAAAUUUUUUAAGAUUUGAAGAACGGUAGAUUAGCAACCGAAGUGUUUGUGCAACACACAGUACUUUUGAGGUAUAUGUAAUGCUAUUAAUCUUUAUUAAAAAAAUAGUUUCAGCCUACUCAAAUGACCUCUUGGAGGCUUCCGACGUUUGCUGCCCAUACGGUAAUGUGCAGUGCUGCAAAAAUGCGAUCAUAAAUUACAAGCCCAUUCAAUGUUCCUCGGACCCCAAUGAGAACAAGCGAGUAGUCAGCUGCUUCCGCCGAAUCGUCUCUGAGAGACCACUGAACCAAUGUAAGUUCAGUACCAUUCCCUUCUCUUUUUGUUCCGUCUUUUGUGUUUGACCGAGAAUAUUUAAACCGAAACUUUAUUUCAGCCCUCUCAUGUUGUGACUCCGUAUACCAGCAUGGCUCCAAUUGUCAUGCGAAAUGCGUUGAAGUCGAGAUGACGCCGUCUCUGCAACUGGACGAACGAUUGCAUCGCCUAAAGUUCUGCGAAAUAGGGAGAUCGAAUACGGUAUGGAUUUCGGUUUCUAUGACAAGAAUAUUGGGUAGGCCAAAAAGUUUUGACAUGUCUGCACAGUGCGAACAAUUUGUCGCGCGGCGACAAACAAAAUUCACGGUGCACUGCGACCCCGCACAGUGCAAAAAAGAUUGUUUUGAAAAGGGUAAACAACGCACAGUGCGCUCUUCAUUUGCACCCCGCCAAAUUUUUAUCGCGCGACACCUCGUCGCAACACCGAAUUCAUGCACCCGCACGGUGCACAAAAAAUGUCAAGAUUUUUUGGCAAGCCUAGUAUAAAAAUUUCUAAUCUUCCGUAGAGUGAAAAAUAUAAGCGGUAAGAAGCUGGAUUUAAAACGGGUAUCUAGCUGUCCCGUUACAGUCCGGCUCAGAAGUUGUCCAUAUACAUACUAUGAUAUUAUGCAUGUACACAUAGGUACCACGUUUUGCGGCGCAGAUGUAAAUCCAAAUUUUUGAAAUUUUACGGAAAUUUUUUUCCGGAAAUCUACAGAAAUCAAUGGCCUUGGGAUACGGUAUCACAUACCAUUACUUUUCAAUUGGUGAAAAAGCCUAAUCUUUGCGUUCGAAAAUUUUGUUUACAACGGAAAAGGGAAACGGAAGUUCCCAAAUCAUACGAUCGGAUUCAAAACCUUCUAAAUAUUUUUAUAUUUUCAGUGCAUCAAAAAGUGCCAACAUGUGCUCCCUGAGGUCGGAGAAUUUGACUCCUCUCUCUACCUGAGCGCUUGCAAAACGCGCUCACAUGAAGAGGAACUGCCCUUUGAAUGA